AUGGCAACACUGAGGAAAAAACUUGUGAUUGUCGGAGAUGGUGCAUGUGGUAAGACAUGUCUGCUGAUUGUCUUCAGCAAGGACCAGUUCCCAGAAGUCUAUGUGCCCACUGUGUUUGAGAAUUAUGUUGCUGACAUUGUUGUUGAUGACAAACAGGUAGAACUAGCACUUUGGGACACAGCAGGGCAGGAAGACUAUGACAGACUACGUCCUUUAUCAUACCCAGACACUCAUGUGGUACUGAUGUGCUUCAGUGUAGACAGCCCGGACAGUUUACAGAACAUUGCAGAGAAGUGGACUCCUGAGGUGAAACAUUUCUGCCACAGUGUGCCAAUCAUCGUGGUGGGAAAUAAGAAGGAUUUACGGACCGAUCCAAUCACACUGAACGAACUGGCCAAGGUCAAACAAACUCCAGUAAAAACAGAAGAUGGCAAAGCAAUGGCAGAAAGAAUUGGUGCUGCUGGGUAUGUGGAGUGUUCGGCUCUAACCAAGGAAGGCAUCAGAGAAGUGUUUGAACUGGCUACCAGGCAUGCCUUAAAAACAAAGAAAUCUGGUCAAAAGAAGGACAUGUUUAAGAAGUGCAGAAUUUUAUAA